UUUCCUCUCUUUUGAGAGAGCAAGCAAAUAUGAGCCAUAAUUGGCCAAAAUGGAUUGUCUUAGAUGGGGACAUAGAUCCUAUGUGGAUUGAAUCACUCAAUACUGUUAUGGAUGAUAACAAGGUGCUGACACUUGCCAGCAACGAACGGGUUCCUUUGACUCCAUCAAUGCGACUGCUAUUUGAGAUACACCAUUUGAAAACAGCUACUCCUGCUACAGUGUCAAGAGCAGGAAUUCUGUAUGUAAAUCCACAGGAUCUUGGUUGGAAUCCAUAUGUUGCAAGCUGGAUAGAAUCAAGGAUAGAUCAAUCUGAAAAAGCAAAUUUGACUAUUCUGUUUGAUAAAUAUGUUCCUCCCUGUUUGGAUCAACUCAGAACGAACUUUAAAACUAUAAUUCCCAUCUCUGAGAAUAGCAUUGUGCAGACUCUUUGUACUCUCCUUGACUGUUUAUUGAUUCCUGAAAAUAUGUCCCCUGAUGGACCUAGAGAUCUAUAUGAAAUAUAUUUUGCCUUUGCCUGUGUGUGGGCAUUUGGUGGGGCUCUAUUUCAAGACCAGCUUUUCAGUUACCAAGGUGAAUUUAGUCAAUGGUGGCUUAAAGAGAUGAAAUCUGUGAAGUUUCCUUCUCAUGGUACAAUAUUUGACUAUUAUCUUGACCCCAAAACUAAGAAAUUUUUCCCUUGGAGUGAUAAAAUUAGCAGUUUUGUCAUGGAUCCAGAAACACCCUUGCAGGUAGAGCUUGUUCACACAUCUGAAACCACAUGCCUUAAAUAUUUUGUGGAACUGCUAUUGGAAAAAAGCAAGCCAGUGAUGCUGGUUGGAAAUGCUGGAGUAGGCAAAACAUUGCUUAUUGGUAAAUGCCUUGCCAGCCUUUCAAAAGAUUUUCUGGUCUCAAAAGUUCCAUUCAAUUAUUACACCACUUCAGCAACAUUACAAAGGAUUCUUGAAAAAUCCUUGGAGAAAAAAGCUGGCCGUAACUAUGGUCCUGUAGGAAACAAAAAAUUGAUUUAUUUUAUUGAUGACUUGAACAUGCCAGAAGUGGACGUUUAUGGGACAGUUCAGCCUCACACACUAAUUCGGCAGCACAUAGAUUAUAGACAUUGGUAUGAUAGACAGACAUUAGCUGUAAAAGAAAUUAAUCAUUGCCAGUAUGUUGCCUGCAUGAAUCCCACUGUUGGCAGUUUUACCAUCAACCCACGACUUCAAAGGCAUUUUGCCGUGUUUGCUAUGAAUUUUCCUUCUGCUGAUGCUCUGACCACCAUCUAUGGCAAGAUUCUUGAUUUCCAUUUUCAGCUGUAUAAUUUUAACUCAUCUGUAUUAAAUUAUGGACCUUCCUUGAUUCAAGCUGCAAUAUGGCUUCACCAGACAAUGGUUCAGAGCUUUCUCCCCACAGCUAUUAAAUUCCAUUAUAUUUUCAACCUUCGAGAUCUCUCUAACAUCUUCCAGGGGAUUCGGUUUGCUAAACUAGAGUGUUUGAAGCAUCCACAUGAUCUUGUUCGUUUGUGGCUUCAUGAGUCUUCGCGUGUUUAUGGAGAUAAAUUGAUAGAAGAAAAAGAUUGCAAUUUGUUUUAUAAAAAGUUGAUAGAUACUGCACAUAAAUAUUUUGAGGAUGUGGAAGAUCAUGUACUUCUUCAAGAACCUCUUAUUUACUGUCAUUUUGCAAAUGGUGUGGCAGACCAUAACUAUAUGCCUGUCAAAGACUGGGAAGUGCUUAGAAAAAUACUUCUUGAAGCACUGGAAAACUACAAUGAAAUAAAUGCAUCAAUGAACUUAGUUUUAUUUGAGGAUGCUGUUCAGCAUGUGUGUCGUAUUAACAGAAUCCUGGAGUCCUCUUGUGGUUAUGCACUUUUGAUUGGAGUGGGUGGCAGCGGAAAACAAAGUUUAUCAAGACUAGCUGCCUACCUUGGCUCUCUUGAAGUAUUUCAAAUCACACUGAGAAAAGACUACACAAUAGAGGAUCUCAAGGUAGAUCUUGCCAGUUUGUAUAUCAAGACAGGUGCCAAGAACAUUCCCACUGUGUUUUUGCUGACAGAUGCUCAAGUUCCAGAUGAACACUUUCUUGUGCUGAUUAAUGACUUGUUGGCAUCAGGAGAAAUUCCAGAUCUGUUUACUGAUGAAGAUACGGAUAGCAUUAUUGCAGGAAUGAAGAAUGAAAUACAUGAAUUUGGUCUUACUGACACUAGAGAAAACUGUUGGAACUUCUUUUUAGAUAGAAUACGUCUGCAACUCAAAAUCAUUUUGUGUUUUUCUCCUGUCGGUUCCACAUUGCGAGUUAGAGCUCGGAAGUUCCCAGCCAUAGUUAACUGCACAGCUAUUGACUGGUUUCAUGAGUGGCCGCAGGAGGCCCUGGAAUCCGUCAGCAGGAGGUUCAUUGAAGAGAUGCCUGGGAUUAAGCCACAGUUAUAUGACUCCAUUUGCUAUUUUAUGGCAUAUGCCCAUGCUAGUGUGAAUGAGAUAAGUGCAAAAUUUCAAUUAAAUGAGAAGAGGUACAAUUACACAACCCCUAAGAGCUUCCUAGAACAAAUAAUGCUCUUCAAGAAUCUUUUCGAGAAGAAAAUUCAGAAAAUUUUUCAACAUAAGGAACACCUUAUAAAUGGCAUUCAGAAGCUGAAAACAACUGCUUCUCAGGUAGAAGACUUAAAAUACAAACUUGCUUCUCAAGAAGCAGAGCUGCAACUGAGAAAUCAAGAUGCUGAAGCUUUGAUUACUAAGAUAGGGCUUCAGACUGAGAAAGUGAGCAAAGAAAAGGCCAUUGCUGAUACAGAGGAGCAAAAGGUAGUUGCAAUUCAAGCAGAAGUAUCUCGGAGGCAGAAGGAAUGUGAAGAUGAUCUGAUGAAAGCUGAACCUGCUCUGGUAGCUGCUACUGCAGCUUUAAAUACCCUUAAUAAGGUGAAUCUUUCUGAACUGAAAGCUUUCCCUAAUCCACCAGAUGCAGUGACCAAUGUCACAGCUGCAGUCAUGGUCCUUUUGGCAAACAAAGGAAAAGUACCAAAAGAUCGAACUUGGAAGGCUGCUAAACUUUUCAUGGGAAAGGUAUACUGUGAUGUGGAGCCCAAACGUCGAGCUUUGACCCAAGCAAAUGCUGAACUUGCAGCAGCUACUGAAAAGCUGGAAGCCAUCAGAAAAAAACUUACUGAACUGGACCACAAUCUGUGCAAGCUCACAUCAUCAUUUGAAAAAGCAACAGCAGAAAAAGUCAGAUGCCAAGAAGAAGUUAGCCAAACCAAUAAGACUAUAGAGCUAGCAAACAGGCUUGUUAAAGGACUUCAGGCUGAAUUUAAACUCUUACUUAUUCACCAGAUCUGUAUUUAA